UUAAUUUUAUUGCAUACUUCGUUUCUAUUGUAUCAAGAAAAAAAAUUAAUUGUAAAAUCUUAUAUAAAAAAUUUUGAGCAAUCUACAGCAUUUAUAACAUAAACUAUAGAUUUUCAAAACGUCAAAACGUUUUAAAACAUCAAAGAUUACCAUUCAAAUUGAUAAAACAAAAUACAAUCAAGAUAUCAAAAUACAUAUAAUCAAGAUUUCGAUAAUCGAGACAUUGACAUUUUAUCGAGUCCAAUGACAACGUGUCUAAAAGAAAAGAUGAAUCGGACAAUAGAAUUUGGAGAAGUAUCUAAGAAAAAUGUGAUCAUACUCGCGUGAGAUACUGGCGAAUUCACGAAAAUCGCAACAUCGGGCGCAAUUUCGGUACAAGUUGAAUCACUUGGUGUCGCCGUUUCUGCAAACACGUGAGAUAAACGCGGGACAGCAAGAUGAAGAUGCGAAAUUUGUAAAUGUCACCGCGCAUCGCGAACACUCCCACAAGAUCGAUCGCAAGCGAUCCGAAGCGAUAUUAAAGCUUUUGACUAAACUUAAAAUACGCAAGUCAUCGAAGAGUCAGGUGCAAUCUAAUGAUUGCAAAUCUGCGACUUCCAAUUGUAGCAUCAGUCAUGCUGGAGACACGAUGAAUUCGCCGUUACGUCGCAAAAAUACGAUUAACAAAGAACCGAUCGGAUCGACAGUUGUAAAAAAUAAACCGGAACCGAAAACUCCGGUCAUAUUCUACGAUUACGAGGCAGCUAUUAGUCAGCCUGACAUUCCCAUAUAUUCAAAAGUCGACAAUGACAUACAGAAUGCGAGUUGGUCGGAGGUCAGUAACGAAUUAUCGGCGCCGGUUAAAAAACAAAAUUUUUAUGUUCGUAGAAAAACAAGCGUAAUUGUUAAAAAACGAGGAAUUGUUUGUAAAUCAAAGAUACAAGCAAAAAAGGUAAUAAAGACAGAUCCGUCAAUUUGCAACGUCGCCGAAAUUAAAAAGGAAUCGAUAUCUCCCUCGGAAAUUAUUCGAAAUGUUAAAGAUCAUAAAAAGGAAAAUAUUAAUAGAGUUAUUACAAAUCGUCAAACGUCACCUAAUCAAGAUUUGAUGCAUUCUGGAGAUGUUCCAAAAGUCGUAAAAAAUAAAAAAAGUUUUGUAAGUAAAGCUGCUGACAUGAUUCAAGAAAAUUCUAUAAAAAUGGAUACAGACAGAAAAUCGUACAUUCCUAAAAAUAAGAUCAGCAAAAUUCCACGCAUAAAACCUCCGAUAAAACCUAAUUCCUGUUUACCGAAACAUGGGGAAUCUCACGUUUAUCCGCAUUAAUUUAUAGAGUGCAAAAUUGUCAGUGAGGAAUGAAUUAAAAUGUUCCACAGAAAUAAAGUCAACCGCAGACAAUGAAAAAAAAGAGUUAAUGUCCGAGUACGUGAGUAAAAUAAAUAACAAUUAAUUAUAAUUAUAAU